AUGAGUAGCUGGUAUGUUCCUGACCAGGACCGUCAGCGCAUUAUUGAAAUUAUGGUCCAGGAGAUCCGACGUUACGAUGGGAACCACAACGCUUCUCAGAUUCAGGCAUCAGCACGUCAGUUCGAAGAGGCAAUGUGGAAACGACUGACCCUGAAGGAGGAGUACUACCGCCAAAUUAAGCAGAAGGUUGCACAGUUGAAGGAACAAGGGUUUCGACGCAGUCAACAACAACAACAACAACAACAACAACAACAACAGCAGCAGCAGCAGCAGCAAAUCGGUAACCCUUCGACUCAGUUCCAAUCUCAGCAACAACGACCUCAGCAGCAACAUUUUACGCCUCAAAUGAAUCAACUGAAUCAGUUUGGUGGUUUCAACCCAAACCAGUCUGGACCACAACAGCAACAACCACCCGUGCAACAAUAUUCAAAUUUUACACGAAACCCAGCAGGACAAUUGAAUCAGGCAGGGCAAAUCAGUCAAGCGGGGCAAAUCAGCCAAACUGCUCAAAUGAACCAACCUGGACAAAUCAACCAGAACAUGAUGCAACGUCAGCAGCAGCAACAGCAUCCCACUGGUCAACAACAGCAACAGCAGCAGCCGAACCAACUGGGUCAACCGGACCAGAUCAACGCAGCCGCUGCGGCUGCUCGUCAACUUUAUCAGCUUCCAAUUCCUCAACAAUUGUUGGCAAAAAUUCCCAAUUUACCACCCAAUGUCAAUACUUGGCGUCAAAUUCAACAAGCCUUAAGUCAAGGAAUAAUCCCCAAGAAUUUGAUGCCGUUGAUCAAGGAAUUGCAAACAGCCCAUAUCAAGGCGCUCAAGCAGCAACAGGCUAUUCGGAUGGGCCAGAACCAACAACAAUUGAACCAAGGUUCGGCGGCGCCGGCGCCCGCCCAUGGCAACCAACAACAGCUGUUGGCUAAUUAUACUCUGGCUAUGAACACACAGCAACGUCAGCAAUAUGUGCAACGUCAAAUGCAGAAUCAACGUAUGCGACAAGUACUGCAGCCUCAACAACAAUCGCAACAACAACCUCUGCAACAAGUUCAGCAACAGUCGCAUCACCAAGGCCACCCUUCCCAAGUGCAACCACAGCAGCAGCAACUACAACAGCAGCAGCAGCAGCAGCCCCAACUUCAACAACAGCAACAGCAGCAGCAAAUGAAUCGAAACUCGAUCGGUCAACAGGCUACGGUUCAGCAGCAGCAGCAGCAGCAGCAGCAGCAGCAACGUCAGAGUCAAGCACAGCGUUUGCAAAUACCCCCUAUCACUCAACAGGACUACGUGAAGUACACCCCCGAUGCUAUGGCAGUACUUAACAACUUACGUCAACAGGGAAAGAUGCCACAACAGUUAUCUCAACCGGAGCGUGAUGCAUACAUUCAGAAGUUUAUUAUUAUGCAAAAGAAGAAGGAAAUGGUUGCCCGUCUCGCCCAACAACAACAACUGGGUCAAAAUCAACUGAUGCCAAACGCUCGUACCCAUCAACAGCCGGUUCCCACAGCUGCACCCAAUCAGCCUGUUGCUCCUGUUCAAAUUGGGUUACCUCAAGGGCCGCAGCAACAACAUUCCCAGCCACUGCGUCCACAACAACAAUCUCAGCAACAGUCUCAACCUCAAUUUAAUGCUCAAGUUAACCAGAAUCAAGCUCAACGCCCGCCAGUGUUGCAACAAGGUCAGCAGGCCUCGCCACAACCCGGCUUACUUCCCCCGCAGGCUGGUAAUGGGAUGCCACAAAUAUCAGAAGAGGUGAAGGCUCGGCUUAAUCAAUUGUUUAGAGAGGUACUGAAGAACAAUGUGGUGUUGCCAGACGAAACCAACCAGUUGACGCCUCAACAACGAGCGAAUGUCCGCGAAAAAAUAUUGCGUAUCUCUCAGCAAUACUCCACUAUCGAUCGCUAUAUCACAUACUUUUACAUGAUAUCUCGUAAUGAAGAGAUAACGAAAAAGUUGAUUCGGAUGAAGGUAAUGACGGGGCAAAUCUUAGAGAAUCUGCGACAUGAUCGUUAUCUUGCAAAACCAGAAUUGUUGGAUCGUCUACAAAUUCAAUUUCAAAAGUGCUAUGACUACGUAAAGGAAUUUGUGAUCAAGAACCAGAAUGGAGGUCAGAUUGCUGCGGCGAGUGGUAUUGCGCCUAAUCAGAACCAGUCUCAAUCUCAGGGUCACGCGCAAACUCAAAAUCAAAACCAAAGUCAACCUUUCAGUUAUCAACAAUCUCCCCGUCAGCAACAACAGCCGCCUAUACUGCAAUCUCAACCUCAUCCACCUCAGCAACAGUUUCUUCAUGGCCAAGGUCAAAUGAUGGGAGCAACAAAUGCGCCGGCGACGAAUAUGCUGGCUAUGCAGAAUAUACCUCAAUCGGUUCCACAAGGUCAAGUCAGCCUGCACCAAAUGAACCUGAUGGCGCAGCUGAUAAGACAACAACCCCAGCAGUCACCACAACAGUUUGGCAAUGGUUCCAUGGGCGGUGUUGGUCCAGGUGUGUCACAAAUGGCUCCAGCACCGGUUGCAGGAGUGGCUCAACAGAUGCCUUCGGCGGGAUCCGGAGGAUUCAACGAGCAAUGGCCUCGCUCACUGCCACAAAUGGAAGUGAAGCGGCAUACGCCAGUUGUUCAGUCGCAACAACUUUCGCAGCCGCAACCAGGUUCGACACCUGGGCAGCACAGCCAACCGUGGCGUAAAAAUGGUAAUAAGGGUCCCAUUAAUGCAGCAAGUAUCCCCACCCCAGCUGGCCUUGCUCCGCUGCCAAAUGCAAUGACGGCAAUGAGAACUCCCAAUCUGAUUCCCACUCCUCAUAUUGGGCUGCACAGUAACAAGAAUACGCCGCAAAUGCUGUCGCCGCAAAUUUUUAAGAAUACUCCUCUGUCACAACAAGGGGAUGAGAUAUUCAGCCAUCUGCCGGAUGAUGUAAAGCUCGCCAGGCGCAGGGAAUUACUGUCAACAGAUCCAGAACGGUUCUUCUAUGCCUCUUUGGCGAAUUUGUUGGAGCUUGAUGAACCUUUAGAAAAGGGUGAGAUUAGCGGAAUGAAUCCAGGGAAGCUGUCGCCUCUUUCACCCGCACUUACUGAAUGGACUUGUGAAAUCAAACUGGAGGCAUUAACUCUGCUGUUCAGACAAGUACCAGCGAUUAGAAGCUUGGCUCAGACCGAUAUUAUUGAUACCUGCUCAAAGUUAGCCGUUGAAAGCGCCAAACGGCCAGCGCUGUCAGCAUUCGAUGAUGAUAUCGAUACGUUAUUCGGGGAGAAGAAAACCAAGUUGGAAGAUUUCGAUAAAUUCUUGCAUGAAACCGUUGGAUUUGAAGAUUGGAAACUGUUUGUAGUCUCCAGCAUCCAAUAA